GUGUCCUAGAAGCGGCUGGUGUCCUUGGAGGAGCCGACUGGUGUCCUUGAAGCGGCUGGUGUCCUUGGAGGAGCCGACUGGUGUCCUUGAAGCGGCUGGUGUCCUUGGAGGAGCCGACUGGUGUCCUAGAAGCGGCUGGUGUCCUGGAAGGGGCUGGGGCGCAGGUCGACAUGGGAUUUCCCUGAACAGAAGCAUUCUCUCUUUCCCUCUCGUGCUUCCAUCUUUCUCAUUCCCAUCUAUUUCUCCUUUCUCUCUUACACUCUAUAUUUAUAUUCUCUCUCUCCCUACCGUCUGUUUCUCCCCCCCCCCCCCCUCCCUUGCAUCACACAGUUUUUCUAUUUCCUUCUUGUUUCCUCUUCUCUUAUUCCCUCUUUUACGCCAAUGAGAGGAUGACGAAAAAUGGAACAGCACAUCCAAGCCAACGAUGGAGGUCCGUUUCAGGCACAGCAUAAGGAGGAAAAGGAAAGCGGGAAGGAGGAACAGCGAGAAAGGGAGAGGGAGGCAGCCAGCGAGAAAAGGAUGCUGGACUCAAACAUUGCGGUCCUGCAGGAUGCGAUUCAGAUAAUACAGGAACAAAAUACGAGGGAACUGCUGAGCCUCAGAAACGAGCAGCACCUGAAGGAAGCCGAGGCAGCGAACCAACUCAGAGGCGCUCAGGAGGCGCUCACGUCUCGGAACAAGAGAGUCAAGGCGCUGAAGCGCCAGGUCAAGGAAAAAGAGACUGAGAGUGAACGAUACAUUUCGGAGCUGGAAAGAGAGAAAAAACAAAUCAGCCAUUUGGAGGUCCAGCUAGAGCAAAGAGAAGCUAUGAUACAAACUUUGAACUCCCGACUGAAACGAAGAGAUAAUCAAAUAAAGAAACUGGAGGAAUCUCUUGAGGCUCUAAAGGAACCAGAAAACGAAGAAGAGAGUGAAUCUUGCGAGUCUUCCGAAGCAGAGUCAUUAUAAACAGCCUCCCAGCUCGCUCUACAGAUGGGGACUAUGUACUUUUUUCCCCAUGCUGAGUUCUCUUCGGGCCGCACGUUGGAUACCCAUGCGAGGCGUAGAGAGUGGCACUGGAUCCCAUAGGGGCUGUCCACCGGCUCGAAGAGGGCUGACCAUGUUGGACACAAGUAGGCAAAAAAGGAAUAUUCCCAUGUGCCUGUGCCUUUCAGUAAUGCGUGUACGUUCCAGUUUAUUUCAGUAGUUAAAUGAAAGAUAAAGUUAUAUAUAUACAUAUAUAUAUACACACAUAUACACGCAGAUGAAAUGAAUAUACGUAUACGUAUUGUACACAACGUUUUGUGGUCGGCGGUUAAAGUAUCGUAGAAUAUAAUAUUAUUAUUACCAUUAUUAUUAUUAGAAACAGUAUCAUUAUAUUGCUGUUCUUGUUAAAAUCACUUUUAUAUUAUUGCUGCUAUUGUAACUAUUAUUGUGAAACAUCAAUAUUGUUAUUGUGUAUUGUUAUAUUGUAGUGUUUUCUCUGAGACUCUGAAGUAAAUACGUAUAAAUAUG